AUGGCUUUUGAUGGUGUUAACUGGAUUGUACGUGAUUCAUCACAGUAUAUCCUUCCAGAUGAGCUCUAUGGAACUGAAAACACAUGUUACUUCUCAAUGAAAAUUUAUCAUGGAGGACAUUUUUUCUACAAUCCAAAUAGAUCUUACGAUGGAGGAAUUAUUGAGUAUGUUGAUUUUUGCAACAUAAAUAAUUACUCUAUUCAGACUUUUCAGAAAAUAAUCUCCACUUUAGGUUAUGAAUUCCACAACACAUUCUGCUACUCGUUGGUUACUUAUGCUCCUUUAGAUGUUGGGUUAAACAAACUUCAAUAUGUUCUUGAUAUUUCUGAUUUUGUUGAAAAGGUGAAAAAUGAUGGGUUGUUUUGUGUUCAAGAGAUUUAUGUUGAACAUUUUGUUAAAACUGUUUCUAUCUAUUUCCCACAUACUUUGAACAUGGCAAGCAACAGUUGUAUGUGUACUCUACUAUACAAGUUGGUUGUUUCAAAUCCAAAUGUGAAUGUUUGGGAAGCUAGAAUCAACAUGUUUGACAACUUCAAGAUAUGGAUCGAUGUGCACAAAAUCCAUGAAGCUUUAGAGUACACAAAGCACCAAGUGAAGCUUUUCAAGAACUAG